AUUUCUACUUAUAUUAUUUUACAUUUCUACACUCCUAUAAUGGUUUGAGCGGAAAAAUGAAGACACCGCCCAGUCGAUCGGCUCGGUCGGUAGAGCAAACCGAGCGUACACCGCGCGGCGAGCCUAACUCCUGAGCUGUCAGCUGCAGCAGCAGCACUCUCAGUAGUACCAACCAGCUCGACAGAUACACCCGGAAGAUACGAAAGUCAAUUUGGGAGAGCAGCAUGAAUCGUUUUAAGACCUCCAAAUUCAAAAACACCACUCCGAAGGUUGCCAAGAAAGAAGGAUGGAUCAACAAUGUCCACGCUGGCUCCUUCUCCUGCCAGGGGAACCACAUCAAAGCAAGCUCAAGGCUGGUGGCUUUCAACACUGGUGGUGGGAUGGUGGGCCUGACCUCAGUCAACCCUUCAAAUAGCCAGUGGACUGUCACCCAGAUCUCCUGCCAUUCUGAUCUGGUGACUGAUAUGGACUUUUCUCCUUUUGAUGAGAGUCUCCUUGCAACCUGCUCUUGGGAUGAAACGGUAAAGCUGUGGCGUUUGUGUGAUCCAGAGCAGGACCAGCCCAGCAGUCCAGAACUCACCCUGCAGCCAGGCCAGGGUAGGCUCGAGCUCGUGCACUUCCAUCCCACCUCCUCGGGCCUGCUGGUUGUUGCAACUGCUAAGUCUCCUCUGAUUUGGGACACCAGCAAGCAAGAGGCGCCCCUUGCAGCCUUGGAGCAGCACAGCGACCAGUUGCAGAGUCUCAGCUGGAAACAGGACGGCUCCCUGCUUGCAUCCUCCAGCAAGGACAAGAUGUUGCGAGUGUUUGACCCCAGAGCCCAGCUGACGCCUGUUCAGAACGCCAAGAGCCUCCAGAGCAAUAAGGAUUCCAGGAUCCUGUGGGCCAAAGACGGCCUUUUACUGACCACCUGCUUUGAUAUGAUGCGAGCUCGUGAAGUCAGACUUUGGGACAGCCGGAAACUCAGCUCUUCAGUCAGCUCGCUGUCACUCGGCACCUCCAGUGGGUAA